AUGGGAGGAGGCAUUUCUAAUACGAAUCAGAGGGAAAACGCUCAGGAUGAUAAUGUAAAUGAAAAAAGGCAAUGUCGCGUUGAUGAGGGAAAGCGCAAAUUUAUAACUUCAACAGUAAAUUCAGCAAAUAAAGAGUAUACUGAAGGCAUGAGUGAUCUUCUUGUUGCGAGGGGAAUCCCUGAUCCUGUGGAAAGUACGACUCCGCGUAGCAAAUUAACUUUUGUUAAGGGGAAUUCCGAAAAUCCUACGUCGGGAGCUGCCUCAGCUGGCAACAUCGGUAAAGGGGCUGGCAACAGCAGCUCCAUGAACACAAUGCGGAACAUGCGGAAUGCUUCCUUGGCGGUCCAAGAGGAUUCCGAAAAUCCUACGUCGGGAGCUGCCGCAAGUAGCAUCUUGGUUAAAGGGGCCGGCAACAGCAGCUCCAUGAACACAAUGCGGAACAUGCGGAAUGCUUCCUUGGCGGUCCAAGAGGAUUCCGAAAAUCCUACGUCGGGAGCUGCCUCAGCUGGCAACAUCGGUAAAGGGGCUGGCAACAGCAGCUCCAUGAACACAAUGCGGAACAUGCGGAAUGCUUCCUUGGCGGUCCAAGAGGAUUCCGAAAAUCCUACGUCGGGAGCUGCCGCAAGUAGCAUCUUGGUUAAAGGGGCCGGCAACAGCAGCUCCAUGAACACAAUGCGGAACAUGCGGAAUGCUUCCUUGGCGGUCCAAGAGGAUUCCGAAAAUCCUACGUCGGGAGCUGCCGCAAGUAGCAUCUUGGUUAAAGGGGCCGGCAACAGCAGCUCCAUGAACACAAUGCGGAACAUGCGGAAUGCUUCCUUGGCGGUCCAAGAGGAUUCCGAAAAUCCUACGUCGGGAGCUGCCGCAAGUAGCAUCUUGGUUAAAGGGGCCGGCAACAGCAGCUCCAUGAACACAAUGCGGAAAAUGCGGAAUGCUUUCGUGGCGAUCGUCGGUGAUGGUGCGAGCGAAACGGUAGAAUCUGAAAAAACCAAUCUAGAGGUUGAACCGGGAGCAACGACUUCGCAGGGUUCGGUAAUGAACGUAGCUGGGCCUUUUAUUUGCCAAUCAUAUAACAAUGCAGUAGAAAAGACUAAAGGGUUGGGGCGUGCGCCGGCGCCGGGUUUUUUUCGGAGUGUUGUUGGGCCGUCACCAGUCGUUUCAAACUUGACAAGGAAAAAAGUGACCUCCUUUCUGCCGCCUUGCGUCGCUACUGGUUCUGAGGAAAAAAUCUCACGUGAUGUAGCUUUUGAUCCACCGGCUAUGCCGUUCGUCACCCCGUCAACGGGAAGUGGCAGUGCACGCGGUCCGCUACGGAUGCGUCUCAGGAUUAAACAAGGAAAUGAGGGAAACCCAGUAGCACGUGCCGAUACUCCAGAAAAAGGUUCGCUUCAGAAAUCGGGAGCGAAAAACAAGACAGUUCCUCCGUCUGCUCCAUAUAAUUUGGACUUUGAUUGGUAA